UCCACUUUACAUUUUGUUAACGCAACUUUCCGGUUGCACGGGUUUGAGAGCUGAGGAUUAUUCUCUGCGUUUUUAGUUCAUACAGCGAGCAUUUUCGCUAAUUAACUACUGUUUAAUACUUCAGCAACUAAAUAAAGUCUGGAGGAUUGUUGAUCUCAUCGUACGUUACAAGUUCUGAUGAGUUCGUGAAGAGGAAAAAAUAAAUAAAAACACACCGACGAGGAAGCGGCCAACGUUAUGAUUUCCACCGCUGACAGGUGUGAGUAGAAUCUGGAAGAACUCUACGAUGUGGACGGAUAAACAACGGGGGAUCCGAGUGUCUCAGAAGGAGCUGCUGUGCAAGAACGCCUGCGGCUACUAUGGAAACCCAGCGUGGACGGGCUUCUGCUCCAAGUGCUGGAGAGACCAGGCCCGACCAGCUGCCGCCUCCAGGCAGGACGCCAGUCCGGCCAAUGAUGGAACUCCGCUCACCUUCUCCAAAUUUGAGGAGAAGAAGAGCACUGAGAAAGGUCGUCGAAUCAACACAAUGAGGAGACUCUUCUGGGGCAGCACAUCGCCUCCCAAACCUCAAGAGUCCUUUGAAAGGCAUGCCAAUGUGUUGAAACCUUAUCAAAGCCUGGAGCCCGGAGACUUCACGGGUUUCCUAAAGAUACUGAAGAGCCCUUCCUCCCAGCGCUUGCAGUCUCGAUGUACAGCGUUCCUCAACACAAUGGAGGCUUACCAUGACCUGCCGGUACAGAAGCAGUCAGAUCUUGUGCAGGAUUUCUUCCAGUCUUUUGCUGAUUAUUUUAGCACUUUACCAGAGGCGCAGGUCACUUGCAUAAUGGAGCAUGUAGAGAAGUUAAUAAUGACACGGUUGCACAAAUGGGUCUUCUGCCAUGACAGCUGCGAUGAUGAACAGAAGGACCUCGCGCUCCAGAGGCGGAUACGAUCUUUGAACUGGAUCACACCCCAGAUGCUCAGCGUACCUUUCCCUGAUAAAAGGACUGAGGUCACAGGCGACCCCUUCCUGCCUGCUAUAACAGCUAUCAUUGAAAUGGAUGCUAAACGAGCGCCUCAGGACAAACUUGCAUGUGUGUCCAAAUGCAGUCAGCAUGUCUUUGAAGCGCUCUCCACCUCCAACAGUGAGCCCGCUAAUGCCGACGACUUCCUGUCGGCUUUGGUUUAUGUGGUGCUGAAGGCCAAUCCGCCUCGCCUGCACUCCAACAUGCAAUACGUGAUUCGAUUCGGUCUCCCUCACAGUCUGAUGGCAGGAGAGAGCGGCUAUUAUUUCACCAACCUGUCUUGUGCAGUGGCCUUCAUCGAAAAGCUGGAUGGACCAGCGCUCAACCUCAGUCCAGCGGAGUUUGAGGGCUACAUGCUGCGUCAGCGGGCUCCCUCUGAAGGAAAGAGGCAGCAGGUCGACAGCGACACGCAACAUCUGUUAGAAGAACUCAAAGGCAGACAGGAGAAGCUGGACCAAGGGAUGGAUGCGCUCAACGUGCAGCUACAGAACUGGGUCAAAGGGGUUCACUCACAGCUGGAUGAGGCGACAGCCCAGUUUGCUGUGGUGCAGAAGGAGAUAGCAGCUCAGGGCGAGCUCUCACAGGUUUUUCCAUCCUCAUCUCAUAAUGCAUCACCACAAGAGGACGACAAAGUCGAGUCUGUUCUGGUCCUCACCGAUCAACGUGCAGGAACACAAGAUACAAAUGCCACACCUGGUACAGGACCUUUUCUGUUUUGAAAUCAUCAGCACUAAUUUAUGUCGGCUUUAAAACAAAUGCAGAUUUAUAUUCCAGUGUCUCACUUUAAUACAUUCCAGUCCCAUGAAGCUGUGAUUUGUUCUCUAGUUGAACAUGAAGGAAAACUUUUUGCAUUCGUUAUCACUGAGGUCUUUUAAUGACUUUGAUACAGAUUUGCACUCGUACCCUGUUUCAGGAUGAAGGCCAUUAGAAAUGCAUUCCAAUUUAUAAAAACAAAUACGCAAGCACAGCUCAGGAUGGAUACACAGCACUUGGGGAGAUCAUGAAAAAACUUAAAGUGCUUAUUUAAUAUUGACUUACUUUAUAUACCAAUGUGCCUCUAUAUAAAUGCUGUGAAAUAAAAAAGAAGGAGUAAAUGUUAGUUGGGCAAGGCAAGUGGGUUAUUGGGUUAAAGCAUGUUUCAGAGCUGUGGAUCUGUUCUCAACAUGCUGCCUUGACGAUGAAGCGAUUUAGAAACACUGCCAUCUGUGUCUGUGUCUGAUGGUGUUAUUGUAUGUUUACAACUUAGUUUAAAAAAAAUAUGAAAGUUUUUAUGUUCUGAUCAAUUAUUGUAUUCGAUAUUAUAUUAAAAAUUACUCAUUUGAUCUAA